CAGGCAGUUCAGGUCUUAAUUUUUACCGUAAACAUUUGUUGGAAGAAUAUCGUAUUACAGAUAGAGAAGAAAGAAAUUGCGAACGAAGAAGAUGAACGGGAAUUGCGGAAUUUGAAAGAGGAUCUUCGAAAUGAAAGCAGUAGGAAAAAGUCGGCUAUAGAGCCACAUUCGUUGGUGAUUUUCCGUGGUAAAGUUGGUAGGUAUCUGCGAAGGUUAGAAUUGGACAUUCGUAGAAUAAUGGAGCCAAACACAGCUGCAAAACUAAAAGUCUUCAAAAGGAAUAAUCUAAAAGAUUUUGUGGUGAAUGGUGCUGCUCUAGGAGUGACUCAUUUAUUAGUACUGACAAGAACUGAAAAGUCAGUGAUGUUGCGUAUUAUCCGAGUCCCUCAAGGUCCUACACUGACAUUCCGCGUUGCUUCUUAUACACUGGCAAGACACGUAGUGUCAAGUAUGAGAAGGCCAGUGCAGUACGACAAUCAGUACACAGCAGCUCCGCUCGUGGUAAUUAGUGGCCUUAACGAUGGCGGUCCGAAGCAUUUGAAAGUAGUGCAGUCCAUGUUCCAGUUUAUGUUCCCACCUCUAGCUGUAGACACGUUUGCUUCUGUAAGAAAGGUGAAAAGUUUUUUUUCUUUCCGAAGGGCGUUUGAACUACGUUUAGCUCAACAGGUUUUUAAUGCUGUGAAAUACUUUCAUUAUUUAAUGCUCUCCGAAUUUAGCGCUAUCAAGGCAGUUCCUUCUGGAAUCAGUAAAUCCGCUAAGAAGCUAUUGCGAGGUAACGUUCCGGACCUUUCAAUGUACAAAGACGUUAGUGAUUUUUUUUUGGAGCCCGGUCUGUUGAGUGAUAGUGAGUUUGAAGGGGAACAAAAAGAAGUUGAAUUAGUGCAAGACCUUUCAGCUCGUGGAUGUCGACGAGGUCAAAAGACUAACAUCAGGUUAGUUGAAUUGGGACCUCGGAUGACACUUUCGUUGAUGAAAAUAACAGUUGGAGUGGAUGAUGGUGAAGUAUUAUAUCACUCUUACAUAACGAAAACGAAAAAUGAAGUAGAUCAGCUUCGCAGGGAAGCACAUACGAACAAGUAUGUUUUUUUCCAGCUAUUUUUCCUAUUUUAUUGGUUAAAUAAUGAACCGCUUUCUUAUUUUUUUUUUUUUGUUUUAGAUGAAAAUUUUCAAAAAGUUUUAGAGGGUAAGGGGUUCUUACUUCUCCGGGUUUCUGGAACAGCUCAGAAAGAGUGCCUUAAAAUAAAUAAAUUGCUUAAAAUUGGAUGUUUUCCUAUUAUUGCCUAUGAAGAGAAGGCAGAAUUGUUAGAAGUGACUGACGCUUUAUGCAUUGAACAAAACAAAAAGAUCAAGGAGAGGAAAGUUUUGGAGAACGAACGCCGAGUGAUUCGAAAGUUAACUGCCAUUGCAGAAAGGAAAAAUGAGGAGCGAAAAUUUGAAAAGCGAGAGAGCGAACGCGUCAUUUUUAGCCAGAGUGCUCUUAUGGGAGAUCUUUAUAAUAAAGAUUCAAGUUCGGGAUCAACUUUGAGACGAAAGGAAGAAGAAGAGGAUGACCGUGCCAGUAAACGACUGAAAAGGAACGGGAGUGCUGGUCGAGUAAACGACGGGUUGACGAGAGUUGAAAGGAGAAAGCAGAAAGCUGUUGCAGUCGCAAGAAGGUUGGUAAAAAGGCGACAGGGUCUGUGCAUGAAAUCAUUUUUGCAUACGAAAGGCGUGAAGCACGUCGGAGAAAGGUUUGGAGUUGAUAUGUAUCUUUGGGCGGUGGGGGUUUUAGAAAGGUUAGGGACUUCUGGAUUUCAUGAGUGA